AUGACUACAUUUAUUACUAAAUUUCUUGAUGGUCAUAUUGUUGCUCAUAUAAAUCAGUUUGACUAUCUCAUAGACACUGGUUCUCCAGUCUCAUUCGGACAUAGAACAACUCUUGUUAUUAACGGAAAAAAUUUCUCGAUAAACAGUACUGGUCCAGGUGGAUUUACAGUCAAUUCAAUUAACGAACUCAGUGGGCUUCACGUAGAUGGACUAAUUGGUAUGGAUAUUCUUAUUCAUUUCGAUAUUCGAUUUACUCGAAAUCAAAUCACUUUUUCUGAUACACCUAUCUUGCAUGUAGAUACAGCAAUCAAGUUGCCUAUUGUAGAAACUGUGAUGGGCAUACCGAUUAUAACUUUGAAUAUUGGACAGGAAGAUCGAAAAAUUUUUUUCGAUACUGGUGCAAAGCUUUCUUAUUUGAGCGAAGAUCUUCUUGUCGGUACCCCAAUUGGUGAGAUGGACGAUUUUCAUCCCACAAUAGGCGCUUAUAAAACAAAUGCUUAUAAAAUCGAUGUUGUUAUCAAUGACAAAGUAGAAACAUUGACAUUUGGCUCAUUACCAUCGUUACUUCGAAUGUUAUUAGUGAUGGGUCAAACCAAAGGAAUCAUUGGAACUGAGUUAUUAAAUAAAUAUUCUAUAAUUCUUUCUAAUUCGGGUAAAAUUUUGGUGUUGGAACCAUCCAAUGAAGAGGAAUCAUUCGGUCAGCAUCAGAAUUCAAACAAUGGAGACUCUCAAUCUAAAAAGAAAUUGAUUUUAGUACGAGAACUCAGUCUAGACUAA